AUGGUCAACACCGCUCGCAAGGACAUUAGCCCAAGCAAUAGAGGCGGAUAUUACACGCGCCAAACCUCCGGCCACGACCAGUUCGGCACGAAAGGUGACUUCAUUACAUCCCCCGAGAUAAGCCAAAUUUUCGGUGAAUUAGUCGGCAUAUGGCUUUACACAGAGUGGUUGGCGCAAGGCCGGAAAGAGAAGGUACAGAUAAUCGAAGUGGGACCUGGAAGAGGAACAUUAAUGGAUGAUGUGCUAAGAACGAUCUCGAGCUUCAAACCGUUCGCGCAAAGUGUCGAAGCUAUACACAUGAUUGAAGCCUCGGAUGACUUGCGGAAACAGCAAGCAAAACGACUGUCUGGAACAGAAGAGCCACAGGCGUUCGAACUGGGUUGGAGAGCGCCGUGCAAGUACAUACCAAAUUGUACUGUCACCUGGUGCGAGGAUCUCAGAUUUGUACCCAAAGACGAGACAUCCACACCGUUCAUCCUCGCCCACGAGUUCUUUGACGCACUCCCAAUCCAUGUCUUCCAAAACGUAGCCAACUCCACCAUCCCCACUGCUUCCAAAACGAUAACUCCAGAGGGGCCUAUACAACCUCGAACAGGACCACAAGCCCCAAAGAAUCAAUGGCAUGAGCUCGUAGUUGCACCCAUCCAUGAAUCGCAGAUGUCUCAAACCCCCAACGAGGACGGCUCACCAUCACCGGAUUUUCACCUGACCAUCUCGAAAUCGCCCACAGCACACAGCCUCUACCUACCGCAAACCUCGCCCCGUUACAAGGCCCUCCAGGAAACUACCGAUGCCAUUAUAGAAAUAUCCCCCGAGUCACUCUCCUACAUCUCCGACUUCGCGGUGCGGAUAGGCGGCGCGAAUUCUCCUUCUGUUGAGAGUAAAUCCCCAAUCCCAGCCAACGCAUCAAUAAACCCGAAAUCGAAACCAAUUCCGACGUUCCAGAAGCCGGUUCCCUCAGGUGCUGCUCUCAUACUAGAUUAUGGCCCCGCAUCCGCGAUCCCCGCUAACACCCUCCGCGGCAUCCGCUCCCACCGUCCCUGCUCCCCAUUUGUAUCCGCAGGUCUCGUAGACAUCAGCGCAGACGUUGAUUUUGUCGCGCUGGCGGAAUCUGCCUUAGACGCGUCGCCAGGUGUGGAAGUACAUGGCCCUGUUGAGCAAGCUUACUUCUUGUCUGCGCUGGGGAUCCUGGAGAGGGCAGAGCGGUUGUUGAAAGGUGCGGGGAAUGAGAAGACGAAGGAGAGGCUGGAGACGGCGGUGAAGAGAUUGGUUGAUAGGGGGCCGACCGGGAUGGGGAGGAUUUAUAAAGCGAUGGCUGUGGUGCCAUUUGUGGAGGGAAGCAAGGUUAGGAGACCUGUCGGGUUUGGGGGGAGUGUUUUUCAAUGA